AUUACAACCACCUUUCACUUGCCAGGUAGCUCUAGGCUGUUAAGCAAUACGCCCCUAAGAACAUGGCCUCUCGUGAACCCCCGAUCAUCGAUUUCUCCCCAUUUUACGGCCAAGACGGCCCAGAAAAGCAACAGUUGAUCAAGGAGUUACGUUGCGCCUGUGAGGAAUAUGGGUUCUUCCAGAUAAUCAACCAUACCAUUCCAUCCAGUCUCCAGAACUCCAUUCUUGAGCAGAGUAAAGAAUUUUUCGAUCUUCCAAUGGAAGUCAAGGAAAGAUACAGCAAGGAUAUCGGCGGCUUCAACCGCGGAUACGAGCAUCUGCGCGCGCAGAAUUUCGAGAAGCGAACCAAAGGCGAUUUAAAGGAGGGGUUCUACCUUGGCAAGAAUCUUCCACUAGAUGAUCCCUACGUCGUGGAACGGAAGUUCGGACAAGGUCCUAAUAAAUAUCCGGCCGAGGUGAGCAAUCCGGACAGAUUUCGGACCAUCAUGGAUGAGUACCAUUCCGCUCUUACCUCGCUAGCGGAGGGAAUCCUUCGGAUGCUAGCCCGUACACUAGGCCUUGAAGAAUCGGCUUUCGAGGCAUUUGGUGAGCAUCCUGUGGCUGCACUACGGCUUCUGCACUAUCCACCCCAGGAUUCCGAUGCAUCUGACCUGGAGCGAGGAAUCGGUGCACAUACAGACUUUGGCGCCAUCACUAUUCUCCUGCAGGAUACCACGGGUGGUCUACAGGUCUGGAAUAAUAUCUCUUCAGAAUGGGUAGAUGUGACGCCUAUCCCCGGUGCUUAUGUGGUUAAUCUGGGAAAUAUGAUGAUGCGAUGGACAAACGAUCGCUACCUAUCCAACUUUCACCGCGUUAUUAAUAGAAGUGGUAAGGAGCGCUUCAGUGUUCCGUUCUUCUUCUCAGGUAAUCCGGACUAUACAAUCGAGUGUCUGGAGAGCUGUGUCACUGAAGAUCAGCCGGCAAAGUACCCACCCAUUACUGUCGGUGAGUGGAUGGUCGGUCGUUAUGCGGAUACCUAUGGGUCGGGGAAGGAUAAGGCCCUUGGGGAGUUGCGAAAGGAUCCAUCGGCCUAGGAAACGGUCAGUCAGGCGCUAGAAGCGUUACUGAAAAGCAGCGUUACGUACCCGAAACAUGGAUUCUCCUCCCUUCUGCUUGAUGCUAGCGUUGUUAUUCACUAUGAUCUAUUAAGCACGUAUAUUUAAGCAGAGUAUAAACAACUGAAUCAAGCUUUGGCAGCAAAGACCAAAGGAUUAGCCGGACGCAAUCCAAGUAAUAUCGGCUAGUGAUAUGGAAAAGGGAAAAGGCAGUUUACCUACUGCCCAUCACACCUAUCACAUUAGCUUUGAGGAAGUACAUCAAUAUAACACCCCUUUAUCCGCUUCUGUUCUAUGCUAAAUACCCUUCAUCAUAUCAAUAAUAGACUCCCAAGUAGCAGUAUCCCGAGCCAGCCAAUCCAACACAGAGGUGUUCGC